AAGCAAAGCACUAACACUAACUGGUAAGCAGCAAAAACCAGCAGAGAAGAAAUGUGGCGAAGGAGCUUCAGCAGCGGCAGCAGCGUAGGCGCUACAAGCGCGUUGAAGGACAAGAAAUGGGACGCUCUGGUCAUUGGUGGUGGCCACAACGGCCUCGCGGCGGCCGCGUACCUCGCACGUGGCGGCCUAUCCGUCGCUGUCCUUGAACGGCGUCACGUGAUCGGCGGCGCCGCCGUAACCGAAGAACUCGUUCCCGGCUUCAAGUUCUCUCGGUGUAGCUACCUCCAAAGCCUCCUCCGCCCCUCCAUCAUCAAAGAACUAGAGCUGGCGCGGCAUGGAAUGAAGUUGCUGAAGAGGAGCCCUUCGUCGUUCACGCCUUGUUUGGAUGGAAAAUAUCUUCUUUUGGGGCCAAACAAGGACUUAAACCACUCUGAGAUUUCCAAGUUCUCCAAACAAGACGCCGAUGCUUAUCCAAGAUAUGAGAAUCAGCUGGAGAAGUUUUGUGAAUUUAUGGACCCCUUGUUGGAUUCGGCUCCUCCUGAAUCUUUGCAAUGUGAGUCAUCUUGUAGUGUUGGUGACCGCAUCAAGAAUAAGAUGCACAAUUCAAUGUUUUGGGCUCGGUGUCUGAGACAGGCUGCCACCUUAGGCCAAAAAGAUAUGGUGGAUUUUAUGGACCUUUUAUUAUCUCCGGCUUCAAAGGUUUUGAACAACUGGUUUGAGUCAGAUGUUCUGAAGGCAACCCUUGCAACAGAUGCUGUAAUAGGAACCACGGGAAGUGUCCAUACACCAGGGAGUGGAUAUGUCCUGCUACAUCAUGUGAUGGGAGAAACUGAUGGUGAGCAUGGAAUUUGGUCGUAUGUUGAAGGUGGGAUGGGUUCAGUAUCCUUGGCUAUCAGUAAUGCUGCUAAGGAAGCUGGAGCUCAUAUUGUAACAUGUGCAGAGGUGCAACAAUUGUUGAUUAAUGACUCUGGCACGGUCAACGGGGUUUUGCUGGCUGAUGGUUCACAAGUGCACACUUCAAUGGUUUUAUCAAAUGCAACCCCUUAUAAAACAUUCAAGGAGUUGGUGCCGGAUAAUGUUCUUCCUGAUGAUUUCAUUAAUGCAAUUAAGUACUCUGAUUACAGCUCUGGAACGACAAAAAUAAAUUUAGCAGUUGAUAGAUUGCCUCAGUUCAAAUGUUGCAAAUUAAGUCAUCCUGAUGCAGGUCCUCAGCAUGUGGGGACCAUUCAUAUUGGUUCUGAGAGUAUGGAGGAGAUUCACUCUGCCUGUCAAGAUGCUGUCAAUGGAUUACCGUCUCAAAGACCAGUUAUUGAGAUGACAAUACCUUCUGUACUGGACAAUACUAUAUCUCCACCUGGUAAGCACGUGAUCAACUUGUUUAUUCAGUACACACCAUAUAGUCCAUCAGAUGGUCACUGGGGAGAUCCUGUUUACAGAGAAUCAUUCGCACAAAAAUGUUUUAACUUGAUUGAUGAGUAUGCCCCGGGGUUCAGUUCAUCAAUCAUUGGUUAUGACAUGUUGACUCCACCAGACCUUGAGAGGGAAAUUGGUUUAACAGGAGGGAAUAUCUUCCAUGGUGCUAUGGGAUUGGAUUCGCUCUUCCUCAUGCGACCCGUUAAAGGAUGGUCAAAUUACAGAACACCAUUGCACGGGCUGUAUUUGUGUGGCAGUGGUACCCACCCGGGAGGUGGUGUGAUGGGUGCACCCGGGCGUAAUGCUGCGCGUGUGGCUCUUGAAGAUGUUAACAAGCCUUUGAAAUGAUUUUCGGAAUGUUACCUACUUACAAUCGAUGUUAAUCUGACGGUUCAACUUUCA